UUUACACACUUGCGGGGUAGUGGAGGUCUGAACGUCAUUUGCGAGUGUUGUUGUAAACUCUUAGCUUUGGCUGCAGGCGUGCCUUGAGACUGUACCAUACAGACUAGUGGAAGAUAAAAACAGAAUUCUAAUUCUAGAUCUAGCGGUGGAUUUCGUGCGGGAAUAUAUUGCAUUAGCGACGCAUUUAUAUAUAACAACCUGGUCCUGUUAAGCCUAGAAGAUGUCUGAGGGAACUUUAUACAAUUACACAUGUUCUGACAAGGGGUUGCUCUUACCCAUAAUUAACGAAUACACGUGGUCACGCGAGGCACGUGCAUUUUUGUAUCUUAUUGGCCUUCUCUACUGCUUUUUGGGAGUGGCCAUUAUUGCUGACAUCUUCAUGUGUGCGAUAGAAAAAAUCACCAGCAAAACACGGAAGAUCGUCUUGUCUUCUACAACCGAAACGGAACCAGAGAUCAUUGAGGUACGAAUUUGGAACGACACUGUAGCCAACUUGACCUUGAUGGCGUUAGGAUCAAGUGCCCCCGAAAUUCUACUAUCUAUAAUUGAAAUUGUAGGUAACGGUUUUAAAGCAGGAGAUUUAGGCCCAGGAACAAUUGUUGGAUCUGCAGCGUUCAAUCUUCUUGCCAUAUCAGCUGUCUGUGUCGUUGCAUUACCGCAUGGAGAGACUCGUAGAAUAAAAUCUAUCAAUGUAUUUGCUACUACAUCAUUUUUCAGUGUUUUUGCGUAUAUUUGGUUGCUUAUCAUAUUGGUUGCUGUCACACCGAAUGAGGUGGAGUUAUGGGAAGCCUUAGUAACGCUUUUCUUCUUUCCGGGAUUGGUUGCAUUAGCUUUCUUAGCUGACAAAAACUUCUUUAUGGGAAAGAAAAAAUCCCAAAAGAAACAGUUUGAACUACAAUCUGCAAUUGAUGCUUUGAGGGCUUUACGGCAUAACCAGGUAUACCAAACAAUUCUAGAGUCUGAACAGGGUAAGCAGUUGAAGACUGUAACACCACAUGAAGAUAAAAGUGUGGCCGUCAUUGAAUUUAAUGCUGCCACCUGUGCUGUUGUGGAAAAUGUUGGGCGUAUUGCAAUUAGUAUUCGCCGUCGUGGUAAAAUUUCCAAUCAAGUAUCAUGCAGAGUUGAAACAAUAGAUGGCACUGCUACUGCUGGAGAAGAUUAUGUUCCACUGAAACAAAUCAUAACUUUUCAACCAAAUGAAGAAGAAAAGAAAGUUUUUGUGGAAAUCAUCAAUGACAAUCAAUGGGAACCUGAUGAGACAUUCUUUCUAAAGUUGGUGGUCAGUGAAGAAGAUCGAAAAGAAGCUGCUUUGGGAAGAACCUGCAUUAUGGAGAUUACCAUUCUGAAUGAUGAUGAACCCGGAAUCUUGCUGUUCAAACGCCGAGGAAUUCUAGUUAAGGAAAAUGCUGGAAAUGCACUUAUCCCUGUCAUUAGAAAGCAAGGUGCUGAUGGGAUUGUGACAGUUCGAUGGCGAACAAUUGAUGAAACAGCAUUGAAUGGGCGAGACUAUAUAGGUGGAGAAGGAGAACUUCGUUUUGAACAUGGGGAAGUUGAAAAAUUUAUUGAGGUUCCUAUUAUUGAUGAUUUUAAUGCAGAAAAGGAUGAGCAUUUCGAGGUAGAGAUAUUUGAAGCAAAAGGGGGUGCUGUAAUUGGACAAGUGAACCGAGUGACUGUUACAAUCACCAACGAUGAUGAUUUUAAUACCAUAAUGGAUCGGUUGAUGAUGCUUACAAACGUUAAUGUCGAUUCUCUGAAACUUCAUUCUGAGAGUUGGGUAGGACAGUUGAAAGAUGCCAUGAACGUUAACGGUGGAGACUUGGAGAAUGCAACUCGUGUGGAUUACGUGAUGCAUUUUCUAACAUUCGGUUGGAAGGUAUGUGCAUUAUUUUUGUCAUUUGUACCUCCUACCUCUCUGGUUGGAGGUUGGGCAACAUUUUUCUUCUCAUUAGGAAUGAUUGGAAUUUUGACAGCUAUAGUUGGUGAUCUGGCCAGCAUCUUUGGCUGCUUGGUAGGACUAAAGAACACUGUAACAGCCAUCACUUUUGUCGCUCUUGGUACAUCGCUACCUGAUCUUUUUGCUUCCAAAGCUGCAGCACAACAGGAAAAAUAUGCCGAUAAUGCAAUUGGCAAUGUCACCGGCAGCAACUCGGUCAAUGUUUUCUUAGGGUUGGGUUUACCGUGGGUUAUUGCUGCUAUCUACUGGGCUGCAAAGGGAAAAGUGUUUGAUGUGCCAUCUGGAUCUCUCAGUUUUAGUGUAGGAAUCUACAGUGCCACAGCAAUGGCAUGUAUCGUCCUUCUGAUGGUUCGUCGAUAUUCGAGUUUUUUUGGCAGGGCAGAACUUGGGGGUCCAAUAAAUGCUUCAAGGGCAUCAUUUGCCUUUCUUCUAUUUUUGUGGUUUUUGUAUAUUUUGCUGUCAUCACUGCAUGCCUAUGGCUAUUUUAACUAGAAAUGAACUUUUAAGUGUGAUUUAUAUUGCAACAUCUCAAUGUUCAUGUUGAGUUAAUCUUUUUAUGACACUUAUAAAAACAAAAAAAACAUUUUGGUGUGUGUUUGAUCGCUUACUUUCACAUGUGUGUUAAGAGCUGUUCUUAAUGGCGAAAAAUUGUUUUAGCAAUUGUUUUUGUUUUUGAUGUGGUAGUUUCUGAAAUGACAGGAUACUAAAAGGAAGGGAGUACAAAAUGUAUCUAUGUUUGAGGUGAAAAAAACAAAAAAUUCUGAUGUCAUUAUUAGUAGGAAAAAGUACGGAGUUCUGUUAUAUCACGAAAAAAAUGUGAAGUUUUAAAAUCGUGAGUCAAUCUUACUAAUAAGGUAUCUUGGAGUAUAGAACAAAGUUUAAACUGAUUUGUUUUAAAUGAAGUUUCAAUAAUGAAACUGAACUGGUUUUUAAUACUGUACUUAUACCUUAUGAAGGUCACUGUUUACAGCUGCAUGUUUUAUGUGAGACGUCACAAUAAAUUGGUUUUUUUGGUGUGAAAGAAACUUCAAAAGCAUCUUUGAAAGGACUUAAAAUAAGAUUUUUCUAAUUGGUUAAACAAGUUAUAAGUAUUUCUUGUGGUGAUAUCAAUGUAUAGUGUGUUUAUAUGCAUGACUUAUCUGUUAUAUGCAAGAACUAUAUAUUUGUGUAUUUGUUACAUUUUUUUAUGUACAGAGUUUCAUUUAGUUAAAAAUUAAUUUCUUUUACAACAACAUGAUAUUAAAAUAAAAAUAAAAUUUCAAGUACUUUAAGAGAUGAGAACGUAUUUGUUACCUAAUUAUUUUGUUAAAAGAACAAACAUAAAAUGUUAAUUCUCAGCUAACAAUACCCAGAACACAUGACAAUGUUGAUGUGUAAGAGAAUUUUCAAAGCAGAGUGUUAAGUUUCUCAUUAUAACCAUGUUUUCGUUUAGUUCAAAGAAGUGUCAUCUAUGGAUUGAUUAAUAACAUAUAACUGUGUUCUAACCAUAUUUAAAAGAUAACUUUGAAUAACUUGAACAAGGUAGUGUAAAAUGGGCUGAAGUUGUAUUUUUCGUUUAUCACAGAAGAACUGUCUAGGUUUAAUUUGUUACAUAGGUUGGAAAAUUAAUGUUUUCUGCUUUUUAUUUUAGAUUUAACCUUUUUAAAGGUUAAUAAUUUCAUGUAUUUGAUAUCUGUGAGUGAGUAGAGUCUAUAGACUUAAACUAUAUGUUUUUACUUA